CGCGGCAGCGGCGCCGGCGACGUCGAGGUCGAGCUCCAGCUGUACAUGACGUACCAGCCGUGCCACUACUCGGGCGGCAUGGUGCCGCGCGGCAUGCUCGCGCGGGAGGAGUACGCGCAGCGCUCGUACGAGGGCCACCCGACCAGCUGCACCGAGAAGCUGUGCCGCUGGUACGACGGCACGCUCAAGCCGCUCAACGUGCGCCUCACCUGCAUCCUCGCCGACAUCUACAAGGCGGCGUGGAUCGACAACACGCACAAGGAGGAGCUCGACCGCAAGGUGCAGUCGCAGCGCUCCGAGUCUGCACGCGAGGGGCUCGAGCUGCUGAUGAGCCGGGGCGUGGAGAUGCGCGCGAUGGGUCCGGAGGAUUGGCGCUUCCUCAGUACGCUCUGCGACCGGGACGUGCGCGAGCAGUACGCACGCGCGUGGGCGGACGAGGCCGUGCGGCGCGCGUACAGCGGCGAGGCGGACGAUGACGGGCCCUAUGCGCAAGACCAGCAGCACCCCUCUCGCCAGCGCCCAUUCAUGCACCACUGCGCCAAGGAGCGCGGCAGGAUGGACCGCUACGUGCAUGCCUACCUGCACGGGGACCCGGCGCAGAUGGGCUUCCGCAACGUCUCGCUCAAAGCGGGCCGCAGGGCCGACCGCAUGCGGCCUCUCGUCGCGGGGCUCGAGUCUGAGAUCCUCGGGAAACGGAAGAGUGCCGAGUGAUCGAGAGUUUGACCUGCUAGCACACCACUCCAGUGACACUCCUUUUUCUUAGGUACAGUUACACAUUACUGCCUAUUAACUCAAACUCUCAA